AAUGAUUAGGUUAAAAGUGUAAGAGGAAAAGAUAAAAGUAUCGGCAGUUUCCUUUUUAUAUUUAUCAAUAAUUAUAUUAUUAGUAACUUUCUUAAAAACUUAAACAGUGUAUUUAGAACUGCGACAGCUGAUGAUCUAGGAUGGACCUCGGUAUGUCCGAUUGGGCGGAUCUUUCUUAUCGCACAGCACUUUUCGUGGUCAAUCGUACUGUUCUUACCUCCUUACUCCAUUGUAGUUGCGUCGUUUGUGCCGUUUCCACAUCUGUCGCGCCCAUAUUCUAUCAGUUGUCAACGUGCCGGUGAGCAGGGUAGGCGAUCAUAUGUUUACUAUAUUGAUCUACCCGGUGAGCAAGAUUUAAAUCAUGGAGCAGAAAAUGUCAAUGUUAAAAAAUACAUUUGCGAUCGGUAUCUUCUUAUUAUUGAAACUACCUAAUGAUAUGGGAGUCUGGGGUCACGGACGACUCAUGGAUCCCCCGGCACGCAACAGCAUGUGGCGCUUUGGUUUCCCCAAUCCGGUCAACUACAAUGAUAAUGAACUUUACUGCGGCGGAUACUCGAUACAAUGGAUUCAAAAUAAAGGAAAAUGUGGCACCUGUGGUGAUGCUUAUCAUUUACCCAAACCAAGACCACACGAAGCUGGUGGGGAAUAUGCUAAAGGAACCAUAGUUAGGCAUUAUCAAGUUGGACAGGAAAUUGAUAUUGAAGUAGAACUGACAUCUAAUCAUCAAGGUCAUUUUGAAAUAUACAUUUGUCCUAAUAAUAAUCCUACAAUUGAUCCUUUGCAAGAAUGCUUUAAUAAGUAUCCACUUUACUUGUCUGGAACUAAAAAUGUGAAUUUUAUAAUUCCUAUAGAGUCAGAAAAAAAGGCCAUUUUUCGAUAUAAGGUUAUUCUUCCACCGUUUCUCACGUGUACUCAAUGUGUGUUACAAUGGACAUAUUAUACCGGAAAUAUGUGGGGUACUUGUCUCAAUGGUACAGAAGCUGUAGGCUGUGGUAUGGCAGAGAUUUUUAGAAAUUGUGCAGAUAUUGGUAUUAUAACAAGUUCUGCAGGUUUACCACCUAUUUUUAUUCAUCAUGACAAUCCAUUUCUUCUUUAUUAUAGAGAUCAUGAUUCACCAGAAAAUAUAUUUCCUCUUAUUGUUAGAUCUCAAGUUUGUAGAUCAAAUAAUUUGUACCGUCGUAUACCAGGAAUGGACAAAUGGUGUCAAACAAAUUGUUUGCGAUAUCCACCGAAUUGCCCUGCCUCCAUUUGUACUUGUCCAGAAGUUUGUGAGCCAAUCGGAGAAAUUUUUGGUAUAGAAGGAGCCACAGCAUAUUGUUUAGAUCAGUGCUUAGUAUAUUCAAUGAAAUGUCCCAUUGAACGAUGUCGAUGCUAUUAAAUACAUAUUAUUGAAAGUUUUAGUUAAAAAAGCCAAAUUAAUAUUAAACACUGCAAUAAA